AUGGGAGGACACGGAGAAUUCCACACGGUUAAACUCGAUCCAGCUGCAGAGAGAUGGAAUCAUAUGCGCGAACACACUUACCAACACUUCAAAAUGACUAGACCUAUCUCAAAUAAGAUUAUCGCUUUUGGUUUGGUUAUUCCUGCGGGUAUUUUCACAUUGGCAAAGUAUACUGAUGAGAAAUGGGACUGGAUUGGCGCUAGAAAGGGCGAAUCCACAACCCAGAGAGGCACUUUCCAUCGCUCACAAGUUUCAGACGAGUCAGAAGAGUAA